AUGUGGUUCAUUCAAGAAGACGUAUUCCUCAGUCAUUGUGCUCUACUCUCGGAGUCUCUAGCUAGCUAUGGUAGUCAAUGGGGCUCAAAGUUAUUCCGGGAAUCAGCGAAAGAGAUGAUGCGACAUCCCACCUACAGCACCCAGAAUUCCGAUCCCACCUAUCCCGGACAUCAAUCGGCGAAACCUUCACGCCCACGCCUGCGUCCUGGGCAGCGUCCACAGCGUCCACAGCGUCCAUACCUCCCCCCAAUCCAUCCACACAUCCCUCCAUACAUGCUGACAACGAACGCUUUCGUCAACGCAAACCAGGUCGUGAUUGCAAACGAAACGUCGCUUAGGGAUCUCAUGUCGUUGAAGAUUGCCGAGAAGCAGAUACCAUUGCAUACAAUAGCUCGCCUCCUCAAACCCCCGAAUAGAGUUCCCCAAAACUAUCACAGGCGCUACGCGUAUCAAGAAGACCUGUUUUCCCUCUCCAUCGAUAUCAGUCCUCUGACUUCCAACUCAAUCCUUCCAAACCUACAAACAAACUCUACCCCGCUAACUAUUUACGUCCACCUCUUGGCACACGCCCUAUCGCUCCUCGCCUUCCUAUUGGUCGCUCUAUCUAUUGGUGACACGGGUCACGACCACUUCACUUCCCACAAGAAAAUUCAUGAUAGUGCAGUAUUUCUUCUUCCCUUUAAAAACCACAUCGACAUCUCCGGCCUGCCGAACUAG